AUGUCCUCGCCCACCGGCAAUUCUACCAGCUUCACCCUAUCUGGAGACGCCUCUCCCGUCAUGGCACCUCCCGCCAACACGGUCGAUAUCUCCCCUACCGACCAGUCUGCUACGAACAGUAUGGCGCUCAGCCCCUCACCCCUCGAGCGUCUCCCACAAGAGAUUCUUCUCCGGAUCAACGAGCUCCUCAUCUUUCGACACGCCUCUCGCCUCGCGAGAACUUCAAAGUUCUUGUUCCAGAUUCUGAACAGGGAGAUAUACAAGCUCGCGGGCAAACACGACCACUGGUACCCGCUGUAUGUCGCAGCAGCGACGAGUAACAUUGCUACUUUCGAGCGAUGUCUUGAACUCGGGGCCGAUAUAGACUGUCAUUGGCCGCUGAGCUCAGUUCGCACCUAUGGCCACGGUCAACGGCUCUUUCUGUCAUUGGGUUGGCGCCCGCUGCGCCAGGCCAUCUCGUCUCACCAGGUCGAGGCUGUGAACUGGCUCCUUGAGCAUGGCGCCGACCCGGACGAGACAUUCGCGGAAGCCGUGCUGUUGAGCUUGCGUGAGCCACCGCUCGCCUUUGCUUUUCGUCGUGGUUACGGUUCGUUGGAAAACGCGCGUCCUAGCCGGUCUAUUCUUUUCGCCCUCCUUGAUGCAGGUGCUGGUCUGGAUUAUAUCGAUGAAGGUCCGGCUGAAGAGAUUGAAGUCAUGCGGGAUGAUCCUAGCUAUAUCAGUUUAUACUGGUGGAUCUGAGUGGCAGCUAUGGCUUUGAGUUG